GAAAGGACUCCCAACUUGUUCACUGCCAUGGAGAGCACAGCGCUUGAGCACGCUGAUCCACAGCGAGAUUUGGAAACCCUGGCAGCCGAGUGCAAGGACUACUCUGGAGAACUGCUGCGGCGGCUGGCUCUCAAGAGCUCUGGAGGCUUUCUCUCCACCUGGACUAAGGAAUGGUGCUUGCUGACGCACAAUUUCCUGGCAUUCUUUGCAUCUCGAACUGACCUUGCGGUAAAGCAAUGCUUACUCCUUGUGGCCAUUCAGGACUUGAAGCAGGAUGGUAGAACCUUGCGGAUUCUCUUGGAGGGAAGGGAGGAGAUUCUGCGGAUGCCAGAAAAGUAUGGCACGAUGGACGUUUGGGCAGAUGAAAUCAGGCAGCGGAUAGAAAACCUGCGAGCUGCUGGACAAAUGAUCACACCAUGCAUGAGCUUUGCUGAGACUCAAGCCUGGGCCCAGGAGGCCUUGGCCGAACUCUCAGCUGAAGGUGAGAACCAUCAUCAGAAAGCAGAGGAUGAGAUGCGGGAGAAGCAGUGUCAGGCAUUUGUUUUGAUCCUGCACAUGACCCUUUUGGGGCGACUUCGAUCUGUUCAGCGAGAGGCUUUCACUGACCUUGCGCUGCAUUCCCGCAUUCAGGUGCUGUCCCAAGCCCAGCGGAAUGCUGCAGCUUGCCGACUUUGGCGGGCAUUGAAGAAGCCUUGCUGGCGACAGUGGGAAAGGACAUUUGCAUUGUGGCGCUGCCAGACUGAGAGCCAGGACACCUCUCCUCGCACAAAGAAGAUACGUUUGGCACUCGCAUUGUCUAAGUUGGGCACUGAGGCUGGAGCCUUACAAUUUGGCCUUUUGCAGCUGAGCCGCCAUCGCAGGGCGGAGCAGCGGAAGGAGCAAGAAGCAUUGAUGGACCAGGGUGGUGUGGAGGCAUUCUACAAAGGUCUGGAAUCAAGUUCCUCCCGCCCUCGGAGCGCUGCCCAGUUACUACGGCUGGCACUUGUGAAAUGCAGCCGGGCUCGCUUGGCAGCUACCUUGAGCCGCUGGAGUCACUUUGCUGCGGAGGGCUUGGGAGCUGAUGUGCAGCAGCUGCAGGGGCAAACAAAGCUCCCUGCCAGAAGGGAAUCACAUCAAGGAAGUCAAGGAGCCCCUGUCAUUUCCAAAGUGUUUGUCAUUGGGCAUGCAUCUCGAGACUGUGACCUUCGGUCCCCAAUACUACAACCACAUCUCAGCAGCGAGAAGAACAGUACUGGAAAGGCCUUGGCUAUCCUUGGUGGCUAUCCCUGGCUGCUUUCAAGGAGUGUCAAUGCAGAGCUUGCUGAAUAUCGCUGCAAUGUCGAGGUUGAGGGCCGAAUGAAGUGCUUUGUGCUUAGUUUGGGCACUGCAGUGCAGCGGCAGCAGAUGAUAGCCCUUCGAAACCUGCAAUCAAAAGGUCAGCCGCGGCUGCUUUUCAAGCCAGCUCCACGCACCUGAAGAGCAUCAAGUUUCUGAAGAGCAUGGACAAGAUUCGCGACGCACGUGUUCCUGCCAAGUGCCGUCAGGCUCCAUCUCAGAGAUCUCGAUGAGGCCAAUACAACGGCAACGCGAAAACAUGACGUGGAAGGAGGAGGGUGCAACUUGCUUCAAUUACUGGCUGGCUAAGUUGGAUACUUCUUCACAUGCUGCAUGGCUCUAUCUUCGGUCACUGGCGGCGAGGAGGUGAACAAGUGAGAAGAUAGGGCGACAAACGUUCCAGGCCUUUUCUAUUGCAUAAAAUCAGGAUGUCAUAGAAAUGUACACAAUACAGAGUCUCACUUAGACAGCCCAAAGAGGCGCUGGCAGCAACAACAAAAGUUCUCGCCGG